GUCAGUGUAGAAAAUAAUCAUUGUCUUGUUUCAUCCAUGCAAUGUGGUUUAGUUUUUAAUUAACAAAUGGGUUUGACAGUGAAAUAUGAAGGGCCCAGAGGAAAAGGAGCCGUUUGUAUUGUUAUGCUUAAAAACUAGCUCGGCAUUACCAUCAACACAGUCUGCAGAGCCCUUGCUUAUCUGGACAGGCCAUGUGAUGAAUAGACCGAGAUCCUUCCCCGCAGUCCGAGCCCUUUCACUCUGUCUGGGGGCUGACCACUUACUUGAGUGAUUAACAUGGCACCCAUCAUGGAGGGCACACAUACUGUGUUGCUCCUAUAUGCACCCAUCCGUGAGCUAAGCAACAUCAGCCUGUAUUUUGCCAAGAGGCAGGCUCUGAGCUUCAAGUACAAGAGCCGCUCCCCUCAUUCAGAAAGGGCCGGUAAUGACCAUGACCGGGGAAAGGAGGAUCUCGUAGUGUCCGAACAAAGAGGCCAGUCUUCCAGCUCCUCAGGCGAACUCCUCAUCUGCCAGCAGGCUACGAAGGAGGCAGUUGCAGAGCUCUGCUGGCUGGCGGCAGAGCACCACCAGUUGCUGGCUGAUCUCUUAUCACUGUGUAGGGAUUGCGCCAUCAAAGUCAGGAUGGGUAACCAGGAUGGGAAACUCCAGGAUUACAUGGAGUGUCAGGAAGUUCACCUUGGAGGUCAGAUCCUCGGCAGCAGCAAGUAUGUGUCUCCGGAGCACAAGAGAGCUACAUUCAAGAGCAAAAAGCUGAAGAAGUUGGGAGGCAAGAAGCUUGACAGCGGUGAGGAUUUCCUGCACAGUAAAAUGAAGAAGAAAGUUCCGAGUGGAACUUCAUCUAAUCAGUUUCCUGCUCAAAAAAGUAGGUCCAUAUCUUCAGCCUCAGUAAUGCAGCAGAUCCCAGGUACCCCAGCCUCUGGCCAUGUCCCAGUUGCCGGCUCUUAUGUCAGUGCACCAAAUAAUCCCAUCCUUUCCAUGGAGGAACCUUUCCAAUCUGCUCGUGAUGGUUGGGACUUCAUGGAGGACAACCGGGCAUUUGACCCUGACAUUGAUUUCUGCAAUGAUUUCUCGGAGUAUGACGGUGAGCUGGGUUAUGAGUCGUCCUUCUGCAACCUGAUGGAGGGUCUCACCCGACGGGAAAGCGGGAGCAACCUUCGACCAAUUAAGGGGUCUGAUUGCUUGGGUGAGACAUUAUCUGAGAAUGCAUCAACAGUCAAGUCCGCUCAGCAACUGUAUGGUGAAAUCAACCAGGCCAACACAGGGGUCAGACUGGUGGCCAAAGUGCAGGAUACGGAAGGGAGUGUGCAACAUGCCAACCAUACAAGCCCAGGGCCAGCUGGGCUACAUCUAGGGACUAGCAGCUGCCAGCAGGGGUAUGGAGAGGGGAGAGGACCAAACCUGCUGGGAGUCAAUAGAGAAAAGAUUGGUAACAAGCUUUCUCAAGGGCUACGGUUGCCACUAUCCCAUACCACCGAACCUUACCCACCAGUCAAAUCUCACAAAAAAAGCCCCUCUUCACCAUCUCUCGCUGGGGUCUUCAACACAUCUUUCCCUGCCUCCAACAGUCUCCACAGCAUGUCCCCAGUCCUGUCCCCUCUGUCCGCCAAGCUGACAAGCCCACAACUCAACCACCGCAUUGUUCUGCUCUCGGAUAAGGAUGUGGACCCUGAUCAAGACAGCUCCAGCAACACAGAUGAGCCCAAAAUCUUCACCGACAAGAACGGCAACAAGCGAUCCUUCACCCGUCUGGAUCUGAACCUCAGCCGGCGGCCCAGCAACUCCAAGUGGAACUCCCCAGCAACUCCAAGUGGAACUCCCCCAGCAACUCCACAACAACAACAGGAUGAAAUUUGGAUGCUGGAUGGCGAUGACCCUCUGGAGCCUCUUUCCCGCGUUCAACGCCCUGAUCACCUCGACUUCCUACGCAUCACACCGCCUGAGGAUGACAUCCUCGGGGACACGCCCUACUGUCCCAAGCUGGAGUGCACGGUGAGGGCUCUCAAGCAGCACAAACAAUUACAGAUCAAAAUGCAGCUCUAA